AGUAACUCUAGUCCAUUGAAAGAAAAACCUGGUAAAAAUUGAAAUUAUAAAGCAGUACAGAAAAUUUAAAUAUGUGAUCAUUAUCAAAAGUGAAGGAUCUGAAAGAUAACAAAUAGAACGGACAAAGAAUGGAGAAGAAAAAGCAACAUGUUGGUGUAGACAAGGAUAAAAAAUCCAAGAUACAUGUAACUCCUAGCUCCUCAGACCUUGGAGCAGAAUCUUCAGAUUCAGGUCAAGGACGUCCAGAAAGAGCAAAACGCAAAACAGAAAAUAGCUGUUCCUCAUCAUCAGAUGAAUGCAAGAAGCGAAAACGCAGUCCCAGCUCAUCGGACGAGGGUGCCUCAUCUUCAGGAGAUUCUAACAGUGGUAGAAGAAGAAAGGUGAAACGGCGAGCAGAAAGAAGCAGUUCGUCCUCAUCAGAUGAUGAAAGACAUAGCAAGCACAAGAGACAGAAAAAACUAAGAAAGCACAAACAUAAGAAGAAGAAGAAAACAAAGAGCAAGGGACCUGUGCAGCUUUCCAAGUACUUCAAGGAAAGAGAGAGCAAGGGGUCUGUGAGUGCAAUAUCUGGCAGGAAAAUAAAGAUGAAAAUUAAGAAAACUAAACAGGACAAACAGAGAGACAAAACUCGUGAAAAAAUACUGGACUUCCUGAAUGCGACAUUGUAAAUUUAGAAAGAAUUGUGGACAUAGUGCCAUCGUGACUAAAACAGUUAUGUGAAUGAACUGUUAUUAAUAGACAUCAGACCAAUGGUAUCAUAUAUUAAUAAAAACAUACAUAUAUAGAUACAUGUAGAUAGGCCUUCUUUAAAAUAUUUAUGUAGAGUGGGACAUUGGAUUUUGUUGACAUAUAAAAAUAUUUUAUGUCUCAAUUGAAGAAGGAAAAACAAUUAUCCUUUUUUAUUUAGUUUUUUGCUUGAUUUUUAUGUAUAAUUUUUAAUUUUACAUUUAUUUUCAUGCUUUUAACCACUUUUGAUUCAAACAUGUUAUGGACAGGACACACACUGCAGCCAUUUGAGUUGUAUCUUGGAUAUUGUUAAUGGUUUGUUAUUAAUGGCCAGUUAAAUAUCUGUAGAAAUAUAUUAUUCAACUUUCAAUAGGGAUAUUUGGAAAAAUAUAUUGCAAGUAUUGCAAUUGUAUUUAUUGUGUUCAGUGGGUAGUUGUAGUCAUGAAUGCAUUACUAUGUUGAUGUAUGGAACAUGUAAACUGAAGAGUCUCUUUUAUCAAAUUUUACACAGAUUUAAGAAGUGCACAAAUAGUUUUUUUAUGACAUAUGUUUGGUAUACCCCUAGUGAAAGUUGAGUAGUAUUACAUUACGCAGACUUGUUUAUUGAAAACAUUUUGUCGUUGUUUUUGCUUAGAAUGUAAACAUUGUUUUCUGUGUUAACUGAUUUAUCAAACGGCAUGGUAUGAGUUGCCCUGAUGUUGGGAAGGUUAAAAUAGUAGAUUUUUUUUUGCUGCUGAUCAGAAAUAUAAUUUUCUUCUCUAGCACUAGACCAAGUGUCACACUUACAAUAUGUGACUGUGUCUGUAAAAACAAUGUUCAGAUGUGGUAUUCAUAGAAAACAUCAUUCAAAAUGAUGUCAUGUGAAAUUUCAGUGUGACACACGUUUCUUGGAAACAUUAUCAAUAUGUAAGCAUUUAAUGCAGUACAUCAAAAGCAAAGCAUGUUUUUGUUAGUUGUCAUCUAUUGUAUUUUCAUAAUGAAUUCUAGGACUUUAUAGGAUUUUACCUGCCCAAAAUACUAUCAUAGAAUAGUCGUCAUAUCUUUGAGACGAAAUUGUGGACAUUGUACCUUUGUAUUGGCUACAUGUACAUAAAAAAAUAAUAAUAAUUAUAAUUUUGGUACCCUUUUUUUUACAGGUACAAUCAAAUAUACGUUACGUCAACUAAUAACUAUUAACUGAACCAUGGGCAUUUCUUCCAUACCAAUAUCUUUUUUUUUCUUCACAGAAUGGACGGUCACUUCAUUAAUAAUUUGUUAUUAGUUCAUUUUGUAUGAAUUAAAAUGUUUAUUAAUGUUA